UAAAACCUACAUCUGUAAACCUAACGAAUAAAUUGAAGGUCUUUUCAUCUGGCACUCAGUAUAAUUUAACUUGUGUGGUUGCGGGCUCAGUACCAGAUACGGAGAUACGCUGGACUCAAAAUAAUCGACCUUUUAAAAGAGGAGUGUUAACGACAACACAAAGUAAUGGCAAAGUCUUCUCAACCUUAUCAUUCCAUCCACAACCCGAAGACGAUGGCACAAUGCUGAAGUGCGAAGGUUCCAAUCCGCGCUUGCAAAACUCGGCAAUCGAAGACUCACUUAUGUUAAAUGUUAUGUAUCCACCACAAGUGACACUGUCGUUGGGCUCAACACUCAAACCGGAUGACAUUAAAGAAGGCGAUGAUGUUUACUUUGAGUGCCAUAUAAAGGCCAAUCCAAAGGAGCAUCGCAUUACGUGGUCACAUGAUGGUAUUCCUGUCACGCAGAAUGUCUCGUGGGGCAUCAUCAUUUCUACUCGUUCGCUUGUUCUACAACGUGUUGCACGCGUACAUGCUGGUUUCUAUGCGUGUGCAGCGGCCAACGACCGCGGCGAGACACAAAGUUCAAUGGUGAAUUUGCGAAUACGCUACGCGCCCGUCUGCAGUACUAAUACAAUGAUUGUGAUUGGCGCUUCGCUAGAGGAGGCGGUGCCUAUACCUUGCCGUGUUAAUUCCGACCCACCGGAAAUUGAUUUUGAAUGGACUUUUUCAACGAGCGGCGAACACUUUGAAGUACCAUCAGGCCAUUAUGCGACGAUACAGGAAGCCACGACCACCGGUGACGUACAUCGCACUAUAAUCGAAGCGAACGAUACACACUUUGAGACUUAUGUAGAAACCGUAAGCGAAUUGAUAUACACGCCAAAGGGGGAGCGAGACUAUGGCACACUGGCAUGCUGGGGCCAAAAUUCAAUUGGCAAACAAUCAGAGCCGUGUUUGUUUCAAGUAGUGCCAGCAGCUAAGCCUGGCGCGUUGCGCAACUGUACGUUGCGUCCAUAUGUGGUGACCUCCGCCUCGCUAAACUCAUCGAAUCAGACAACAAUGCAUGGCAAUCAGAUGGUGCCGGCACAAUAUGGCCGACACGAAUCAAAUUUUCCGCAUAUGGAGUAUGUACGUGAGCGUAAUAAUAACAAUAGCAACAACAAUAAGAAUGGCAAUAAAAUUCACAAUAGCGAUGGCAGAGGCAACAACAAAGCGAGCAGCACUAGCAAAACCAAUAAUAAAAUCAGCAGCAUUCUUAAUAAGCAACCGCAACAGCGAAAAAAUAAUGCAAAUACAUUGAUUGGUCAGCAGCAACAGAAAUUGCAUCACCAACAACAAAAACAUUGGCCGCCACAAGUAAACGAACAACAACAGCGACAACAACUGCAACGCCUGAAAGAACGUACAUCAUUUACACCAUCUCAGACACUGGCGGCAAUCAAGAGACAACAACAACAACAACAGCUGCAACGACAGCAGCAGCAACAAAAACAUAACAAGGAAACAUCAUCAUCAUCAGCAGCAGCAGCAGCAGCCAUCGCAGCUGAAGCGUCCGCAGUAGCUGGAGCUGACAUUAACAAAAAAUUGCUGGCAGCUGCAACGCGUAAGCCAGCGACUUUGGAGGGUACAGAUGCCGCAGGCAACUUAGCCACGAUGGCGUAUAUCAAUAACAAAACUGAUGGAUUACCCACGAAGAUGCGAGUGGACAGCAAACAUCGAGUGAAACGUGCUGCUGAUAAGCAUGCAACAACAGCUAAACAGCACAACAAGAACACCAGUUCGAGGCAUAAGCAAAAGAAGAAGAUUCACAAAGAGGCUGCGUCAGUGAAGGAGCUACAGCUACAGCAUUCAAGAAAGCUAACUUCAAAGCAGACGCAGAAGAUGAAGAUGAAUGUGAGCAACAAAAGGCAAAAAUCAAAUUUAUCACUGCCAACAGUUGGUGAUGAGGCUGCGGCUGUCGUCGUCAAUGGCAGAAAUGUGCAGAACAAGGGCAACAACAAGCAAACGCCAGCGACGAAAUACUACAAUUGGCGGCGAAAAAAUACGCACAAACGUGAGGUGGCACCAGUGAUGAGCGAAGUAAUCCAUCAUUCAACGGUAAUGGCAACGGCAAUGCCAACAGCAACAGCUAUAUCAAAGGAAACGGAAAAGGAAGCCAACGAAGCAUCAGUGGAUGAUGAAGCAGCUAAAGUUCACGAAGAAUUGCGACUUACCAAGAGAGAAGCAGGUAGUACCGCGGCAAAUGUGUAUGAGCAACAUGCAGCUUACAAAGGAGAAAUAAGCGCAGAUUUAGCGCCAGUAAAAGUGUUUGAAACAGCUGCAACCAACGACAACAACACAAUCACACUCAGCAGCAGCACUUUUGGCCCACCAAUUGGCAAUUUCAUCAACUCAAAGGCGAAUAAUCAAACACACCAACAAAAUGUGCAACAGCGCUCACAAAUAGAGCUUCAGCAUGAAUCAGCGCCGCCGCUCAUUGCCACAGAUGAUAUAGCAGCGUCCGCCACAAGCUCAAUUGAUAAGGUGCGUAUACGCAAAUCUUUGACGGCCAAAAAUGUUGGCGCAACUGCUCGUGUUAGCAGUAGUAGUAGUAGGAUUAAUGCUGACGGCAAAAGCGAACACCAUUUCUCGCAGUACAGCAAAGUUAGCCAUCACGAUAACAAUUUUACCCAAAACAUCAACAAAGUCAACAAUAACAAUGCAACACCCAGCGCGCCAACUAGCGCGCUUCAAAUAAGCAAUCACGCCGUUGCAUUUCAUCAUCAAAAGCAACAACAAUAUGAACAAGAACAGCAACGCACAACAAAUGGUAAUCGCGGCAUCGAUGUUAUUGGCAUGCAACGCGCAAUUAAUGAUCUAGCCUCCAGCUCAGAUGAAAGUGACAGAGCAGCAGAAAUUUUUGGUAACAAAUUUGCUUAUGAAGAUGACGGUGAUGAGAUUGACAUGCCAGCCGAUGAAGUGGCUGUUGGCGCUGAUGGCAUGGAUAAAGAGUCGGACGGCGAAGUGGAUGUUAACACCGCUGAAGCUGGCGCUGGUGUUGAAGCUGAUAUUGAUGCAGACGAGACCGACGAUGGCGAGGAUGCGGAGCUAAAUAGCUUCAUUGAGGUGGAUGAGGAGCUAUCACCACCCACUCUGAGCGCCCUACGGAGUGAGUUUCGUUUGCCGUCAGCCGAUAUAGCAGAUGCGGCAGAUGGGCCACAUUUCGAUUACUCACGCAUGGAAUAUAGUUUUAGUAAUGGCAUUGCUACGCACAGUCUGGUCGGCAGCAAUGGUAAUGGGCACGGUCUUGGUCUGGAUGGCAUUAGCAAUGGCAACGGUAUUGGUGGGGGUGGGGGAGGUGGUACUAUCAAUCUGGAAAAUUACGAUAACAUUGUUUACUCAACGAUGGAAUUGGAAUGCAUGCCGGGCUAUGAUGGUGGUCUGCAGCAGCAGUUCUUCCUGGAGGCAUACGAUUCGAAGACGAAGAAACUGCGAUUAAAUACGACGAGCACAUAUGCGGAUAUACCCAUAUUUCGUAUCGAUUUGAGUGAUCUAACUUCCAUGGAUUACUAUCCCGAUGCCAAUCCAGCCCUGCAUCUGGUAGUAUACAGCGCAAAUCAGAAAGGUCGUUCCGAACCAAUCGUUUUAGAAAAUAUUCCGAUAAAUGAAGCUGAAAAACGACAAGAUGGACGUAUAGCUUCUAUUCUACCUCUCGCAGCGCUUCUUACCGGCACUUUGUUCACCGUAGGCAUUGCGGUACUCUUCGUGGUGGUUAUUGCCGUGCGCAAGCGACGCUGUCAGGGUGGGCGAAAUCUUUGCGACGAUAAGGAUAAGCAUUUAGGUAUGGAUGUUACAGUGACUGCACCACUGGAGACCGGCGCUGGCCAUCAACGUUUAGUUGUUGCUUACACACUUAAGCAGGGCAUCGAAAAGCAACCGGAUAUUUUGAAUGCGCAAAAGAGUACAACCGGAAAUGAGACAUCAUCACCGCUUGGCAAUAGGCCGGGUGGUUUGUACCUGGGCGGAAGUGGUCCUGCGGGUAGUAAUUGUGGCGUUGCUGGCAAUAAAUCAAAUUUUACCACUGUGGCGAGCACAAAUGCAACGGCGGACUAUGAUACCGCCGCAAUCAGUUACAACGAUCCGGGCAGCACAAACGAUCCUCUCAACAGUCCACCUUCACAAUCAAGCACCUUAAAAUUGGGCUCGGAAGUGCGUAAGAACUAUCAAAGUCCACAGCAACCACUACUCUAUGACGCUUUGCCGCUGAGCCGUCACGACAUCUCGCGAUACGACCCGCUUGGCCUCAACUACGGCGGCAGCAAUAGUACACUAAAUUCUGCAGGUAGUGCCGGUACCGCAUCCAAUAAUAUAAACAAUACACCAACGGCUGGAACGACGUCCCAUUCUUUAAUGCAGAAUAAUCUGAGUAAUGGACCUUACGUCAAUCAUCAUACACUGCCGCAUCCAUCUGUCACAGCAGCAAAUUCCAGUCUACAUCACUUGCAACAACAACAACAACAGCAGCAACAACAUCAAUCAACAUUGCCAGCUGAUGAGCAACUAUCCAUUGCCGACUAUCUGGCAGCAAGCAGUCUAAUCGAUUAUAAUUUAAGCAAAGCGGCUGCGGGCUUGCCACCCAGUAUGACAGGUGGCGGAGGUGGCAGUGCUCACAUGACAUUGCCCAAAGGUUUGGGCAUAGGCUCAAUACUGGGUAUAGGCGGUAGCAAUGGCACGCUAUUAACGCAAAGUUCGCACACAGCGAACACACAUACACCAACAGCAACGAUCACACAAAAAGCGAACGCAAAUCGGAAUCAUAUUAUUACGGACACAUUACCGGGUCCGGAGAGUUGUGUUUAAAAUGUGUAGAGUUAAAGAGAAANAAAAAAAAACAUGGAAGGAAACUUACUGAAAAUACUAAUAAGUAACUAAUACAUACCUACAUAUUUGGCGACGAAAAUAAAUGAAAAGUUAGAGCGAUAACUAUCAAUAUUUUCGCUGAGUAAAAACAAAGACUGGUGCAAAACAAAUACAUACAUACUACUCAUGUAGUUGAAAAUUCUUGAAAAGCAGCGUACAUAUACUGUAUUGUACAAAUGCACAACUGCACACAAUCCAGUGCAAUUGUUUUGUAAGUCUAAAUAAACUAUAGAAAUAAAGUAGAGUGUAUAAUUUAGGAGAAUGCGAAAUGAUGGUAACAAAUA